AAGAGAGAGAGAGAGAGAGAGAGAGAGAGGCGAUGGCGGUUCCGCGUUUCUGCCGACGAGAAGAGAGAGAGAGAGAGUUGACGAUUCCAAUCAUUCCAUCGACUGGCGACGGCGGUUCCGCGUAGCUGCCGAUGAGUUGCUCGGUUGAUGAAACCUGGUGGAUUUGGGGAUGUUCCUAUCGGUUGUGUUAGGCGAAGAUUCUCCAACUAAAUUGAUUUCCUCUUUGUUUGGCACGAGAUGCAUACAAAACAAAUCUGGAUUGGUAAGAGCGGCAGCUAUGGUCUCAUUCCCUCGGAUUAAAAAGGCCCCCUAAGGAACGAUUGCAG